UCCGAUGUGGGAUAGAGACACUUUCCUCGUGACAGUUUACUGUGGCUCUGACCUUCCUCAUCUAUCUGAUAUAGACAAUUUGUGGUAGUAACAUUCUUCUUCUGCCAGGCCAGGUUUAUGGAGCUUUUAGGGCUAAUUCUUGAGACGGUCAAGCUCUUGGUGGCUCCAAUUUGUACCUACAUUGAUCAUUGCAAGAAACUUGAAGAAAGGAUGAAUGAUCUCAAAAGAGAAUUAGAAGAUCUAAAUUGUCGAAAGAGCGAUAUGGAAUCAACUGUAGAAGCACAGAUAGGAUGGCAGAAAGAGGCAAAGAAGGGAGUGGAGAAGUGGCUUGAAGAUGUACAAAGGAUCAAUGAUGAAAUACAAAUGUUAGAACAAAAGGCGCAGGCUGUGUCAUGCUUCUCACGUCCCCAGUUAAGCAAACUUGUCUGCCAAAAACUUGAAGAAACAAAGAAACUUUGUCAAUGCAAUUUCCAUGAAGUUCUAGUAAUUGAUAAGCCUUCACCAGCUGGGGUGACAUUGGGGACAAUGGCUUUAAAAGGUGAAACGACUGCAAAAGAAGAAAUUUUGAAUUACUUGAUGGAUGAUAAGGUUGGAAUGAUCGGAGUUUGUGGAAUGGGAGGAAUAGGGAAAACUACCAUCAUGAAGCAUAUCAACAAUCAGCUAUUGGAGGAGUCUGAGUUCGAUAAAGUGAUAUGGAUCACUGUUUCAAGAGAACUUAAUAUUGUUAAGUUACCAAAAAACAUUGCAGAUGCCAUGAAGGAAAAUCUUCCAGAACCUGAGGAUCAAGUGAAGUGUGCAGCAGCAUUGACGGAUAUUUUGGGAAAGAAGAAAUUUGUGUUGAUUUUAGAUGAUGUUUGGAACUGGUUUUCUUUGGUGGAGGUUGGUAUUCCUCAACCAACACGAAACGGGAGCAAACUAGUCUUAACUAGCAGAUCAAUUGAUGUGUGUAUGAAUAUGGGUUGUAAGGUAAUCAAAGUGCAACCACUUUCCAAAGAGGACUCCCUGAACUUAUUCCUAGAUAACUCGGAACGCAGUAUUCUGCAAGAUCCACCUUUGGGAGAAAUUGCAAGCCAUGUUGUUGAUGAGUGUGCUGGCUUACCCCUUUCUAUUGUCACAAUAGCCCGGAGUAUGAAGGGAGUAUCCGACAUUCGUGAGUGGAGGAAUGCACUAGAGGAAUUACGUAAAUGUGUUAAAAGUGUGAAAGGUACAGAUAUUGAAGUAUUUGAGCGAUUGAAAUUUAGUUAUGAUCAUUUACAGGAUUCAAAAAUCCAAAACUGUUUCCUAUAUUGCUCUUUGUAUCCUGAAGAUUGGAAAAUUUCAAGGAAGGAGUUGAUAGAAUACUGGAUCGACGAGGGAUUCAUUGAUGAAUUAGGAACCAGACAAGCAAUGCAUGAUAGGGGUCAUACUAUACUAAACAAGCUUGAAAAUAAUUGCCUGAUAGAGAGGGUUGAUGAUGGAAAUACUGUCAAGAUCCAUGAUGUCUUGAGAGAUAUGGCAGUGUAUAUCAAAAGUAAAAAUGGCACUCGCUUUAUGGUAAAAGCGGGUAUGCAGUUGAGGGAGCUCCCAGGUCAGCAUGAAUGGAAAGAAGGUCUUGAGAAAGUUUCCUUGAUGUGUAAUUCCAUAUCAGAAAUCUCUCCUGAUAUCUCACCAAAAUGUCAGAUUCUCUCAACCUUAUUGUUGAAGAGGAAUGAUUUCUCAAGGAGGAUUCCAGAAUCAUUCUUUGAGAACAUGCAUGAACUUAAAGUUCUUGAUCUUUCUUAUACUAAUGUUGAGUAUUUACCUAACACCAUAUCCAACUUGGAAAAUCUUACCUCAUUAAUACUUGUUGGGUGCAAAAAGUAGCCUUCACUAGCAAAGCUUAGGGCAUUGAAAAAAUUGGACCUUCAUUUUACAAGUAUAGAGGAGAUUCCUGAUGGUAUGGAAAUGUUGGUAAACCUCAGAUAUCUUGACUUAUUUUCCUCUAGGCUAAAGGAGAUACCAACAGGAAUACUACCUAGGCUCUCUCGUCUUCAAUUCUUGGUAGUUUCUUGGCAAUCGAGAACAUUAAAGAUAAAAGGGAAGGAGGCAGCAGCAUUGAUGAAACUAGAGACUUUUGUUGGAAGGUUUCAUGAACUGCAAGAUUUUAAUACGUAUAUCAAGUCUAUAAAAGGCGAAAGGCCUACUUUUUACAAGCUUUUUGUGGGAUCACAGGAAAAGGAUUUAUGGUCAGAAUCUUUUGUAAAAGAUGUGAUAUUAUGUGGAUGCAAGAUAGGAGGAGAAGAUCAAAUAUUGCUCCCAAAUGACCUUAGGUGUAUAAGGAUUUCUAAAUGCCACGAUGUGAGAAGCUUAAGCGAAAUUUCCUUCUUCCACAAAGCAACACAGUUGAGGGUAUGUGAUCUUAUAGACUGUAAAGGGGUAGAGUGUGUGUUGGACUUAUCAGUAUUUCCUUCAUCAUGCAGCUCACUUGGCAACCUCGAGAACUUACUUCUUUCAGAAUUAGAUAGCUUGUCGAUGCUUGUGAAAGCUGAAGCAGCCGCUCUGCCCACAUCUAUUGCACCACUUGGGAUCUUGUCAAUGGCCAACUAUCGCCUCCUCUUUCUCUUCGAAGAAUUGAGAUAAACUCAGAAGAAUGGGAUGAAGUGGAGUGGGAUCAUCCAAAUGCAAAGACUAUC